GUUGGGGUUCGGGGCCGAGAUGGCGUCGGCUGAGCUGGAGUACGAGUCCGUCCUCUGCGUGAAGCCUGAUGUCAACGUCUACCGCAUCCCGCCGCGCACUUCCAACCGCGGGUACAGGGCAUCUGACUGGAAACUGGACCAUCCGGACUGGACAGGGCGGCUUCGUGUCACUUCCAAAGGCAAAACUGCAUACAUAAAACUGGAGGAUAAGAUUUCAGGAGAACUUUUCGCCCAGGCUCCUAUAGAUCAAUACCCUGGCAUUGCAGUAGAGACUGUGACAGAUUCCAGCCGCUAUUUUGUCAUUCGAAUUCAGGAUGGGACUGGACGAAGUGCUUUUAUAGGCAUUGGCUUCACGGAUCGUGGUGAUGCCUUUGACUUCAACGUCUCUUUGCAGGAUCACUUCAAGUGGGUGAAGCAGGAGACUGAGAUCUCCAAGGAGUCCCAGGAAGCUGACACACGUCCCAAAUUAGACUUAGGGUUUAAGGAAGGGCAGACCAUCAAACUGAACAUUGGGAACAUGAUGACAAAGAAAGGAGGAGCAGCCAAGCCCCGUGUGUCUGGAUCAGGGGGCCUAAGCCUGCUGCCACCCCCACCAGGAGGCAAAAUUGCAGUCCCUCCUAUACCUCCCCCUUCUUCCACAGCCAUUGCCAACCAUGUCACACCACCACCCGUGCUGAAAUCCAGUAACGUGAGCAGUGCAGAUAUUCUAUUAGACUUAGAUGCUCCUGCAUCUGCAUCCAAGGCACCAGCAUCAGCUACCACAGACCUCUGGGGAGACUUCAGCACUGCAUCCAGUGCUGUUCCCAAUCAGGCUCCUCAGCAGUCCAACUGGGUCCAGUUCUGAAUGGUCAAAGCAGUGGAAUGGGACAAACUGAUGACCAAGAGGCUCUAGAGGCACCAAAUGGGAUCAGAGGGGGCACAAACCUCUCUAGUCUUCAAUCAAAAACAAAAUCGGGACAAUCCUUCCUUUUUAAACCAGAUCUUCACUUCAGUCAAACUUAGUAUUUUUGAUCCCACAGUGAAACCACUGAACCUAAAGAGAACAUACUGACUCCACAAGAUGGGCAAGCAGGAGAGAGGUAGCCUCAUCUCUUCCACCUACUUGGCCAUUACAUGGUACACCCUAGCUCUUUUUCCCUGUCUUUCCAUACAGGGAAAGCAAGAAUCCUGAAGAAGGUGGGUACAAGAGGAGGUUGGGUAGGUGCCUCUGCAUUCCUUGUCCUUUAAAUUUUCUCUGGUUAGACUGUUGCUUUUUGUGGCUGCUUUCAAUAGUGACUCAAGUCUCUGCAGCUUGGCCUGCAGUGCUGAGGACAGCUGCAUUUGGCUGCAGCUUGUAAAUGGAAGCUGUAAGGCGAUUGGUCUUGGCCUAACACAAAACCCUCUUUGAUUAAUUACAUCUGUGGUGAGGAGUGAACCUCCCCAUGCACGCACUACUCUUCCUCUCUUUGGUGCAAUUCUUGAUAGUGCUGGAUGUUCCUGUGCUCUUGUGGGAGGAGUCAUGCAAGUCCUUGAGUAGACCUGCUGCCAUUGUGCUGUAGCUCCAGGUGGGCACCCCAUCUUGAGGCUCCUUGUUUGGCUUGCAGGUUCACUGGAGGAACUUCUCUCACUUUCACUCCUUUCUCCCUCCCACCCCAUGCAAAGGCCUCAUUGUCAUUGAGCUGUUUUAACUGGAAAUAGCUUUAAAAAAAAAAAAGGCCUGUUUUUAUAAUUUGGUAGUUACUUGCACUAGAUGACAACCAGGUAAUCCCACCACUCAGCAUUUCAUGUUCCUGCGCCACUAUCCUGAGCCCUGGCCUUGUGUUGUGACUUGGCACUGUGUUACAAGUAUUGCAUAUCCAUGCCACAGUAAGAACUAUGGUGCGACAGUGGAUUAUUCUCUGGUGAAGGGACAGUCUCCUUCCCCUUUUCAGCUCACACUUAUCAUUUGGGCAAGAAAUGUAUAGUAGGCCCAAUCUUGAGAACUGUGGCAGCAAAAUUCUCCCACCUGUGUUCCUUCUUGUGGCUUUUCUGGAUGUGAGCUGGUUAGUGUAACUUGGAUUUUUUUUUUUUUUUUAAUUUAUUUUUAAUGUGCCUCAAACCCCCUCUAUUUCCCGUGUGGUUUAGGGGGUUAGAAAGAGGUAAAAGACCCUUACUCUCUGCUGUUCUCUUUGGGAGAGUUUCCUAAGGCCCUUUGAUCUGGACACUAUUCCAUCUUCAGCAGCUGUGGAUGUGACCAGAUCACAUCCAGAUGUAAGUCUGCUGAUUACUCUGGGCGAAGCCUGUGGGGAGGCUGGAAACCUCACAAUGCUAGCUACCCUCUGUGCUAGCUGAUAAGACAAAACACUGGCUGGGAAGGUGGUCUGAGUGAUUCUUCUACAGCUGUACCCAGUUACUAGAACACUAGGGGUUUGAUACUUCUCUGGAAGGCUUCUUCCUGUUUUGAACAGUCAACCAGCAGCAACACUUUUGUAACUGGGAUACACUCUGCUAGCACACCUGUGCAAGUAAAUUUUUCCCUCUGGGCAAAGAUUUCCUGGUGAGGCUUUUACAAGAGAGUAGUUAGCUGUAUGCACCUUGUACUUGCAAAGGUCUCUUGUCGUUUUUGUCUUCUUACUACACUGAGGGCAUUUUGGAGACAAAGCUUAACUUAGACCAUCCCUCUGGGAAGCAAAAUUCUUGAAAAUAGCUCUAAAGCUGCUGCAGUUCCACUUGUGGAAGUGGGGACCAGAUUGCUCUUGGAUGUAUUUUAAGUAGUCAUUUAAUCCUGAUCCCCUGGCUCUCUUGGUGUUCCCCCUGCCGCCCCUCCCCCAUCUUCAUAGUCACUCCUGCAGUCUCAUUGUGCUUAAAUUUCCUGCCUCCUCUGAAUUUGUGGGUGGCUAUAAUCUGCUAGCGAUGUCAUGGACUCUGCUAGUUAGCUUUUUGGGGGGGGUUUUUUGGUUGGUUGUUUUUUUUUUUUCUCAAAUCAUUGUGAGGUCCUGUCAUUUCAACUAUGUAUCAGUUCCCCAAACCAGGGAAGUUCGUGGCACCAAUUAACAACUAACUAGGAGCCUCUUCUGUAUUGUCUUAGUAUUCUGGAGAUAAUAUAUUAUGUAUUUGAAAAGCUGAAGAAGCAAAAAUUAAAGAUAUAUGUAUAUAAAGCAUAAGAUGUACUGGUGCAAAUGGUAAUUAAACAAGUAAUA